UCCUUCUCUCUCUCACAAAUAAUCAAUAUCGACCCCAAAAGUAAUACAAGGACGAUGCGGCCUCCUUCUGCUAAAUCACUGCCGCUGAAGAAGCGCAAGAAGAAGAGAGACCCGGAGAAGCUACCUUCAUCGCUUCCGAUAACCCAUCAGCAGAAAGAGGUUGACAAGAAAAAGAAAAAGAAGGCCCAGACAAUUGCGACAGCAACAGCCAGAGAUCCCUCGAAUACCACGCUGUUAACUCGUCAUUCCAUCCACAACAACCUUGUUACAGCCAUGGUCGAUGAUUCUUUCUGUCCUUUACCGGCAGAGCUUGCCAUGACAAAAACACGAUACCCAGUUGGCUGCCGCGUCCUCUUUGUGGAAAGCAGAAAGAGUCCUCUGAAAAUGGCUGGCAAUGACAACAAGAUUCGUGGAAUCCGAUCAGGCACUGUAGUACAGGUGGGCUUUGAUUCGACUGGAGAGUUCUGCUAUCAAGUAAGAGUCACAAAUCAGCAAUCAAAGCAGCAUUGUCAGCAAACAGAGGUUGCGCUUCUUGUGCCCAGUGGCAAUGUCCUCUUCGCGCCCAGAACCCCAGUUUGGGUAUCUUUGGGUCAGUCACGCAAUGACAACAGCAGCAAAGGGAAAGGCCGUGUCAUUGGAUGCUUCCAUUCAGAAGGGGAAGACGAUAUCCUGACGGGUAUUCGCUACACGGUUCUGGUUGCCAACAAGACCGGAAGACCUACCCUACACAGCAAUAUCUUGCCGCGACAGCUCUUGUUUCGGGGUACUCUCGAGGGCCAAGCUUCCACAAUCGGUAGUCCACAAAAUCAAAAUCAAGAACAACAGCAGGAUCUUUGCAGUACAAAGGGCGAUGUCAUGCAAGCUGAUCCACUCCCUCUGGCAACCCCGGUCCCUUAUCGUCAUGAGUCGGUCCCGUCAUUGGAAAACCGUGUCCAACCCGAGCAGCACAAGAAGAAAGAAUACGGGAACUACGCUGCUCUAGCCGGAGCCGGAUCGAAUGAGCUGCACUCAUCCCCUUGUCAACCAUCACCCAUCAAGGAAGAGGUGCAGUCAGUAGUUCACAGUGUCCAGACCAACAGUCGAGAAUAUGCUCGUCAGUCACGCCAGCACACACCAGCACCAGUCGUCGCCGAAGGGACCGAUCCCCACAUCACAGAGGAAGCUUUGGAUUCCAUGCCAUCAUGCCGCGGUCACUCAAAUGUUGGGUCCUCCGUACCCAUCCAAACGAGUCGACAAUCUGUAACUCUGUCCACGACGCUUGGACAGCAAGCACAGUACAACAUCGAGGCCCACAACGCCGUGUUGGAAGAGGACCUCGGGGAAGGGGGAGAUGAAGCAAGAGAAAGCCUCGUUCUCGCGGCUGCUGCCCGGCCCUCGUCGACUACUGCCUCGAAGAAACCUCGUCAAUUUGAAGCUGCUUCCAAGGGCAUACCCCUCCGGCAACUGCUGCAAGCCUUCAGCUACCCCCCAAACCCUUCAAGCUCUGGGAGCAGUAUCAAUCCGCGAGCAAAACAGAAGAAAGGAAAGGAGGUUCACAACCAUUUGCCGAAUCCAUUUUCUCGUAUCGUUCGUGGAGAUGAACAUAACUUUACACGCCUGAAACUACGAGUGGAACGCGGCGAGAUUGCCCAGUUGCCCAAGGACUUUUGCCUCCAGUAUCAUUUGUGUGGCCAUUGCCACGACCACUGCAGCAAUGCUAUCAGUCAUUGCCGUUUGUCACAGGUGGAGGCCAACCAUGUGGAAAAGUCGCUCCUCCCAGCCAUGAGCCCCGAUGGCCCCAUCAAGUCCGUGGGCAACAAAAGGUCGACUCCUCGCAUUCGCCCUGUGUUGAACUGUCAAGAAAACAUGUUCCUGAAACUGCGACGUUCCAAACGACAUUUCUUCAAGCGAGUAGUCAAAUAUACCUCGGGGCUCUCCCAGAAAGGAGAGUUCCCCUUGGACUACCCCAAGGGCUUGUGCUUCCACUAUCACCUCCAAGGUAACUGCCGACGUGGUAUCUUCUGUAGACAUCAUUUUUCGCACCGAGAUUUGACCCCUGAGGAGGCCCGAAACUUGGAAAAGGUGUUGCUCCCCAUAACAAGUCCCAGCGGCUUGAUCCUGAUUGAGGAACAAACGCCAGCGGCUGCUCCUCAAAUCAAUGCGCUUCCGGGACGAAAGCGUCCUAGUCCUGACGAAACCAUCGAACAGACAACGAAGAAGCCAAAGCGCGUCAGCUGGGCGUCCACUGAUUGACGGUCGCCAAGAGCACGCCAUGGUGCUUUGAAGUUCGAUGGUACACCAGCGAUCACAACGACUCUAAGGAUACAUGGUACAACGAUACAAUAGUGAAUACAACGACUCUAAAGAUACAUGAUACAUCU